UAUGCAUUGACCUUGUGGGAUCCAAGUCAUUCACAACCAUCAGCCUAUGAGCUGGGUAUCCGCAUCCCCAACUUCUCCAACAUGGCCAAGCAAUGCGGAGCCGGCACUUGACAACUGCCGCAAUCUCCGAUUGGACGGCGGACCUUCCCCGCCAGGAACAGCUCGAGAGCACCAGACACGUCCAUCAUCCCCCCACAAUGGCCCUCAAUUCCCCAUGGACUUCGACACAGCGAGCCAGAGCCUGUCGCCAGGCGCGGCUAUCCACCUUCCCAACCUGAGACUGCCCGCCACGUGCGAUCCGCCGUCAGAGACGAACCCCCCAAAAAGAGCAGCAUGGAUUGUCUUCGGGGCGACGGGCCACAUGGGGCGAUCCCUCGUUCGAGCGAUUCUAGCACAUGGCGACCAGUGUACCGCCGUGGGCUGGACACAGGAAAACACGCCCGAGCAGAUAGAGAAGUGGCAGGAUAAAAACUGCCUGGGCCUGCUAUGCGACGUGCGCGUGCGGGAGACGGUCGAACACGUCAUCAAGCGCAGCAUCGAGCACUGGGGCACCGUAGACGUCAUCACGAACUGCACCGGCUACGGCGUGAUCGCUGCAUGCGAAGACCAAGACGACUACGACCUGCGCAACCAGUUCAACACAAACUUUCUUGGGACUCUACACAUCAUACAGCUCUCCCUCCCGUACUUUCGCGCGCAAAACCAUGGCCGCUAUCUCAUCUUCUCGUCCACAUCCGGCUCCCUCGGUGUGCCAGGCCUGGGCCCCUAUUGCGCGACCAAGUACGCCGUCGAGGGUCUUAUAGAGUCGAUGCUCUACGAAAUCGACAUCUUCAACAUCAAAGCCACCCUCGUCGAGCCCGGCCACGUCAGACUGGACGAGCCAGACGACCACAUCAACCCACACAACUACGCUUCGCCCGGAGCAGGACCCCCCAAACCCAAGCGCUACGGGCACUUCUUCGUUAAGCCGAACCCCAGCGAGCCGUACUCGGCGUUGACGAGCCCCGCACAGCACGCGAGGAGGAUGGUUCAGUGGCUUAACGACCGGCAGCCUGUGAGCGCGGUGAAGAGCGCGGAGCUGGUGUGGCAGCUGGGGCAUUGCAGCUAUCCGCCGCUGAGGCUGAUUCUGGGGAGUUAUGCUGUAGAAAGUAUCCGGGAUCGCCUGAAGAGUAUCACGGAGGAGAUUGAGGACUGGAAGCAUCUUUCUUUCCCGGCAACCGCGCCGAUGGACGAUGAGGCUGCUUCUGAGAGGGGGCAGGACGGGGACGAAGGACAGGAGAUUGAGUGAGCUUUAUAUCUAACAAAUGCAAUCCAUCCCAGGAGUGUCGAGGCCUCAGUUUAGUUCAUGCAAGCAACAC